GCGGCCAUUCGACGGUCAGGAUUCACGGGAGGACGCCCAGCACAGUAGCGGCAGUUGGCACAGAACUCGAGAAAGGGACUGGAGAAUUAGGGCUUUUCCGUCACGAAAAAAGCUCUGGCCACCGCCACCAGCUAUUCGUUCAAAUUGAGCAUUUUGGUUCGUCUCGUUCGAAUCAUCGCUCGUGGUCUCCAUUUCUGCAACAAAAUCAUGGGCAAGGGUCCAGGUCUCUACACUGAUAUUGGCAAGAAAGCCCGAGAUCUUCUCUACAAGGACUACCAGACCGACCACAAGUUCAGUGUUGCGACCUACUCGCCAACUGGAGUUUCUAUUACUUCAUCUGGAACGAAGAAGGGUGAUCUGUUUCUUGCUGAUGUCAAUACUCAGUUGAAGAACAGUAAUAUUACAACUGAUAUCAAAGUGGACACAUAUUCCAAUCUCUUUACUACGAUCACGGUGGAUGAACCUGCUCCUGGAUUGAAGGCGAUCUUAAGCGUCAAAGUUCCUGAUCAAAGGUCUGGCAAGUUGGAACUUCAAUACUUGCAUAACUAUGCGGGGAUAAGCACAAGUGUUGGUUUGACAGCAAAUCCCACUGUCUAUUUCUCUGGUGUGAUUGGGACUGAUGGUGUUGCACUCGGGACUGAUGUCUCCUUUGAUACCAGUACAGGGACCUUCAUCAAGUGCAAUGCUGGAUUGAGCUUCUCAAGUGCUGACCUUAUUGCUUCAUUGACCUUGAAUGACAAGGGUGACACACUGAAUGCAUCCUACUACCAUACUGUUACACCCCUGACUAAAACAGCUGUUGGGGUAGAGGUGUCUCACAGCUUUUCAACCAACCAGAACACCAUCACUGUCGGCACCCAGCACACAUUGGACCCGCUGACCACAGUGAAGGCACGGGUUGACAACUUUGGCAAGGCCAGUGCUCUCAUCCAGCAUGAAUGGCGCCCGAGGUCACUUUUCACCUUAUCUGGAGAAGUGGACACCAAGGCUAUUGACAAGGGUGCCAAGUUUGGGUUGGCCUUGGCACUAAAACCUUAGGCAGGCCACUCACGUUGGGAGCAAUAAUGUGGGCACGAGGAACUCGUAUAGUUAGUUGCCUGUUUACACUUCUAUCAUUUGAUUCUCAUUGAUUUUGUUCGUUUUUGCACUGCAAAAAUAAUGUUAGAUGGUUUUCUGAAUUCCCCUUGGUACUUACCUCUUACAGUCUGUUCAAGCCUUGUAAACUGUGAGAAACACAUGAUAUUGAAGAGCAUUAAGAUUUUCUUCAGCUCUAGUGUUGCUUAUAGUUUUGCUAUCUAGCUGUCUCUGCACCGAGGUUUAAUUAUUGUUUGCCAGCCCUAGAUGCUUUUAAAAUGAUUUAGUUUGCCUUCCAAAAUCUGAUUAUCUUUUCUGUUUUUGUGUCUUUUUAGUCAGUUGAAUCAGUUGUUUGAUCAUGUAUGAGCCUAAAAAGUAUUGAUAGUGUGGAUGCAGCUGGUCCUGUUCUGAUCCUCCAUGCCACUCUAGAUGCUUUUAUGAUUUAAAUGUGGAAUUUUAUAUAACCAAUUUUAGUGUUUGACUAAACAUGUGAAGAUUUAUCAUGCUCUUCUUGUAAUGAUAAGGCUCAUGGAAUUGGUUGGUUGCCGCUUUUUCUGUAUUAUGUUAUCAGGUUGCCAGAGGUUAUUAAACAUUUGAACUCUUCUUUAACCUUAAGAAACAGAGGGCCCACCAUUGCUAGAUGCAGAGAUUAGAAAGGGACUGGAAUGGAUAAUUAUAAAAAAGGGGCUGACUUCUUCUGGGGAUGAGAUUUGUGAAGCCUACUUACUACUACCCACAAACGUGUCAAUCAAUUCGCAUCCCCGGACAGAAUUUCAAGAUAAUUUUUAUUGCUCAUCCACCAAUCAGAAUGCUGAUGAAGACCCACACAAAGAAAGUCGAUGGCAGCGGAUGCACAUUAGUUGACUGGUAAAUGAUUUCGUCGGAAGGAGGAUAUAUUAUUAAGAUAUCGGAUGCGUGUUUCCUACCACUACCAACCAUGCAUCAGCCCAAGGAUGAUUCAGAGAAUAGAACGACAAAUAAAUCGCACGAAAUGUAACGAUAAACAAUGAGCUCUACUUUAACCAACCCGAAAAGGGAAAACACUGCUGUUCCAGUUCAUUAAAGCUCUCGAGGAAAAUAUUCAACCGCAGGACAGCCGGAACAGAGUAAAAGCACGCAAACGAGAUACAAAUCCAACAACUGUUCCAUGCAUCACCACUAGAUCUACUACAUUUUUUUUUUUUUUUACAAA